UGAAGGGCAAGUAUUCCUCGGAGGAAUUGAUACUUGAGAGGUUUUAAAUAGGAGGGAUGUGCUUCCUCCCUUCAGUUCAUGCCAAGCUCUUACUGCACGAACUUCAGGCAUGGAAAAAUUCAUCACUCCUCUGUGAGGAUAUAAGAUUUUCCAUCCUGCAUUUUAUUCUGAAGCACUUUUCUGGAAAGGGCCUGCAGCAAUGUCCGAGAGGAAGCCCAAAAACUCAGACACGCGUCCCAAGAACCUGCGGAGCUGGAGUGCUGAUAGUUACAUCCGCAGUAUUAAAAAACGUUCCAGAGGGUCACACCAUGAGACAGUGCCCAGAGGGGAAGAGGGGGAAGGAACGGAUGACCAGAGCGUACGCUCUGCCUCUUGUCCUCGGAGACGUCGAGAGCGAAAGUGCAGCUGCACAAUCCCUGGAGAACCGGAUUCAGACUCUCCUUGCAGGAAAGGUCUGUCCCGUCGUUCUCUGAGGCAGAAGUUUCAGGAUGCCGUCGGCCAGUGUCUUCCUCUUCGCAACCACCACCACCAUCAUCACCAGUCCGGUUCCUCACGCCCGUUCUCUGUCCUUCUUUGGUCCAAACGGAAGAUUCAUGUCUCCGAGCUCAUGGAGGACAAGUGUCCGUUCUCUCCGAAAUCCGAACUGGCUCAGUGUUGGCACCUGAUCAAGAAACAUGGCACUCACACCAAGCCUGCUUUAAGCAUUGAAACCGAACCCAAAGGUCCCUUACUAUCCUCCUCACCCCCAGCGCUCAUUUCCUGGGAGGAGAUCAGCUCAUCUGGAGCUUCUAGUCUGGAUGACUGGGAUCCGUCUUUUGCACAUGGUGACUCCCAGUGCUGCGCCCACACUGACUACAUCCUGGUUCCAGAUCUGCUUCAGAUCAACAACAGCCCCUGUUAUUGGGGGGUCCUGGAUCGUUUCGAAGCUGAGCAGCUUUUGGAAGGGCAACCAGAAGGAACCUUUCUGCUUCGAGACUCUGCCCAGGAUGAAUACCUCUUCUCAGUUAGCUUCAGGCGCUAUAGCCGCUCCCUCCACGCUCGGAUAGAGCAAAACGGGAAGCGUUUUAGCUUCGAUGGCCGUGACCCUUGUAUGUACAGAGAUUCCAGUGUCACGGGCCUGCUAAAGCACUACAGUGACCCUGCCUCCUGCCUGUUUUUUGAGCCUCUUCUCUCUCGCCCUCUACCCAGGAACUUUCCGUUCUCUCUGCAGCACAUGUGCAGGGCGGUCAUCUGUAGCUGUACAACAUAUCAGGGCAUUGAUGCCUUGCCGUUGCCCUACACUUUGAGACACUUCCUUAGGCAAUACCACUAUAGAUGCAAUGGAGCUUGUGCUGUUUAAAAACUGUGACAGAAAUGGGACAAAAUUACACAUUGCUUGAUUUGACAGACUGAAAGGCACAGUAAAUGGACGUAGUUACCAUGCAGCACAAAAAAACAGUUCAUGCAGGACAUUCACAUUUCUACACUAUUUUUUGCAGGUUUUCUACUUUAUGAAUUUCAUUUGUCUUCUUGUUCUUGUUUAUCAUCUGUUAUUGUCAUUUACUUCUGUGUCCUAGAUCUUUAUUAUAAAACAGGAAGUUAAUACCUUUUUUUUAAUCUACACUGUAAAAAAUAAUUGUUGGUUUAACUUAAAAAAAGUAAGUUAUCUGAUUGCCUUAAUAUUUUGAGUUCAUUGAAAUUAAAAAUUUGAGUUAAUACAAUGAAGACGAUUGGUUUUAAUCAACAGAAACUCAACAUAUUAAUUAUUGAAGUUGAUUUGACAAAAGAAAAAUGUUGUGAUAACAAAUCAUGAAAAUUAUUUUUUACAGUGUAGUGGCAGUUUUUCCUAUUGUAGUACUUACCAGAUUCCACUAGAAGGCAGACUUGUAAAACUGACUUGACAAUUUCUAACUACUAGAUGAUUGAUACAUGUUGUGUUUUAGAACAAUGCCUAAAACAUUCCUGUUUGAGUUGAAAAACCAUGUCAGUAUAUUAUUUGAUAAAUCUGUCCCGUAUAACCACACAAUAUUGUAGCUACACAUUUUCAAUAAAAACAAGCAA